UGUUCGAAGAAUCAACCAACCAACUAGUCCUUCGCACCGUUCUACCGGAAGAAUCUCUGCUGUGCUCUAUCUCUAUAUGACUAUAUAUGCCUCGCGUGUUCUCCUCCGGAGUCUUAAAACAGAGGCACCAAAAUACAAUCUACGUACGUGCAAAGUUCAGUGAAACCUUGAGUUGACAGACACCACACCAACAAUGGCCGGAGCAGCAAACGAUCUGAAGCUACUGGGCAUGUGGGCGAGCCCGUACGUCCUGCGGGUGCGCCUUGCUCUCAGCAUCAAGAGCAUCAGCUACGAGUACGCAGAGGAGGACCUCCGGCACAAGAGCGAGCUGCUCCUGCGGUCAAACCCCGUCCACAACAAGGUCCCCGUGCUGAUCCACGCCGGCAAGCCCGUCUGCGAGUCGCUGGUCAUCCUACAGUACAUCGACGACGCUUUCGGCGGUGCCGGCCCCGCCCUCCUCCCGGCCGAUCCCCACGAGCGCGCCGUCGCCCGGUUCUGGGCCGCCUUCAUCGAGGACACGCUCGUGAAGGCGAUGAACCAGGCGUCAUGGAGCAAGACGGAGGCGGAGAAGGUGGAGGGGAACAAACGGGCGACUGCUGCGUUGAACACCCUGGAGGCGGCCCUGAGGGAUGUCUCCAAGGGGAAGCCCUUCUUCGGGGGCGACAGCACCGGGUAUGUGGACAUCGUGCUCGGCGGCCUCCUCGCGGGGGUGCGCGCCAUGGAGGCGAUGCUGGGCGUCAAGGCCUUCGACCCCGUCACGAUGCCGCUCCUGGCCGCGUGGGCGGACCACUUCGGCGCGCUGGACGCGGUGGCGGCCGUGAUGCCGGACGUGAGCAAGCUCGUGGAGCUCUUCAUCACGAUGCACGCUGCUGUUGCGGCAAACUAAUUAGUAGAAAAGAUUACCAUUAUUAUUAUUAUUUUUGUGAAAGGAGGUUUAAAACCCGGUCUUUGCAAUGAAUACAACCAUCUUAUUAAUUAUUAGCACAUA